CCAACUAAAAUGUCUCACCGAGCCAACAUCAAAAUUCAGAGGAGAGGCUUCAGUAACUCAUCUGCCAUUCUACCUAACUUGUGUCGCACCAACUGGAGCUCACAAAGUGUGGGCAGAAGUGGAAACUGUGGCAUUGGACGUGCUAGCUGGGGCCGGGCCGGUGGGACUGGUUUUGGCAGCCAAAGCCUUUACAAUCUUGGUGGACCCAGGAGGAUUGCAGUUGGAGGCAGUUAUGGCAGUGGCAUCGGUGGAGGCUAUGGGUACGGUGGUGGAGUUUGUAAUGGCUAUGCUGUUGGUGGUGGUAUCGGUGGAGGCUAUGGGCUAGGUGGAGCUGGUUUUGGUGGAGGAAGAGGGGACUCUUGCUUCCCAGUUUGCCCACCAGGUGGAAUCCAAAAGGUAACUGUCAAUCCUAACCUGUUGGUGCCUCUCAAACUGGAGAUUGACCCCACCAUAGAGAAAGUCCGCAAAGAAGAAGGAGAACAGAUCAAGAUACUCAACAACAAGUUUGCCUCUUUCAUAGAUAAGGUGCGUUUUCUUGAGCAACAGAAUAAAGUGCUGGAAACAAAAUGGACUCUGCUACAGAAACAUGACCAGAAAACUGUGAUGAGUAACGUUGAGCCACUUUUUGAGGCUUACAUCAACAAUCUUAGGACACAGGUGAAUGAUCUGGAGAAGGAGAAAGUAAAGCUGGAUGGAGAGCUACAUACCACCCAAAACCUUGUUGAGGAUUAUAAGAGCAAGUAUGAAGAUGAGAUCAAUAAGCGUACGGAUGCAGAGAAUGACUUUGUAAUCCUCAAGAAGGAAGUGGAUGCUGCCUACAUGAACAAAGCAGACCUAGAAACUAGGUUACAAUCUUUAGUUGAUGAGACUGAUUUUCUCAGACUCCUACAUGAAACCGAACUGGCAGACCUACAGAGGCAGAUCUCGGACACUUCUGUGGUUUUGUCCAUGGACAACAAUCGCUACCUGGACCUCGACAGCAUCAUUGCUGAAGUCAAAGCCCAGUAUGAAGACAUUGCAAAGAAGAGCCGGGCUGAGGCUGAAGCUUGGUACCAAAGCAAGUUUGAGGAACUCCAGGGUACUGCUGGAAGACACAGUGAUGAUGUUCGUAACGCCAAGCAUGAGAUUUCAGAACUAAACCGACAUGUCCAGAGAAUAAAGGCUGAAAUUGAAAGUGUGAAAAAGCAGUGUGCUAAUCUACAGGCAAAGAUUGCUGAAGCAGAAGACCGAGGUGAACAGGCACUCAAAGAUGCAAGGCAGAAACUGGCUGAACUUGAGGAUGGUCUUCAGAAAGCCAAGCAAAAUAUGGCCAAACUACUCAAGGAUUAUCAGGAACUACUGAAUGUGAAGAUGGCCCUAGACGUUGAGAUUGCCACCUACAGAAAGCUUCUGGAAGGAGAAGAAUGUCGAUUGGCAAAUGAUGCUGCCGAUGCCGUGAACAUCUCUGUUAUCUCUUCAGGUAUUUCACGAGGAUCUGCUGCCGGCAGUGGUCUUGGCUAUGGAAGUGGCUUCAGCAUGGGUGGAGGUAGUUGCUUUGCAGCAGGAGGUGGCAACUGCAACAUUGGAAGUGUAGAUCUUGGAGAUGGCAGCUGUUCUAGCAUGAAGUUUGUUUCCUAUCCUCCGACAGGUUACAUAAACUAAAGGUCCAAAUCCUUGUACUUUUAAAAAUGAAACACGUGAACCAUGUCUUCCCUGGACCUCUCCAUGCAGUAUUCAUACAUCUGUCCUUUGCUCCGUGUUCAAAUUUUGUAAGACAGUCCAUUUCUUUGCUUGUACAUAGACAGCAUUCUGCUUUUUAAAUGAUUCAAACCGUAUUGAGGCUCAUGUUCCGAUUUUUCCUUCUUUCAUCCAUGUCAGAUUUCUACAUUUUUCAAGGUUUGUGUAAACUAGAUAAUCUUCUGCACUGUUUUUUAUCCUUGAAAUCUGUACUUUGAAAUAUGGCUUUACUUUUCAAUAUGUAUAUUCAAUAAAAACAUGAUUAUGAGGCAAUUCAUUAAAAAAUCAGUCUUGGCAUUAUUGUAAUGUUGUCAAGAAACAGGC